GACACCGGCGUGCUCAGCGCCCGCCCGCAGGCCUCCCGGGCCCCGGGCGCUAUAAAAGGGGGCCCUGGCCAGGGAAUUGGAAACCCACCACCACACCCUUUCGACUUCUUCCCCCAUCUCGCAGCAGAGGGCUGUGCUGCUGUUCGUCCGGUGACUCCUCUCCCGCGCUUGCCCUUCCUCCCGAACGGCCGGUCCUUGCAUGGCAGCAGCAGCUAGCUUCAAGGGGCGGGCGAUCGCUGGGAGCUUCGUCAGCCGCGUCCUGGCCGGCAAGGCCGCCUCCCCGAGGAGGGCCGUGCACGCCUCGGUGUACGACAAGAACCUGGAGGACCAGGUGCGCCCCGCGUUCGUGCCGGACGAUGUGAUCGGCGGCGCCGCCAACCCCGACAAGUACUGGGCCCCCCACCCCAGGACCGGCGUCUUCGGCCCGGCCGCGGUGGACGCCACGCUGCCUGCCGCCGGCGCGCCGGACGCCGCCGCGGAUGCUCCGGGCACGGUGCUGGACCAGAAGGUGUGGUUCCGCCCCCUGGAGGACGUCGAGAAGCCGCCGCCCGUCGCCUGAGGCGCGACGGCCGGACGCUCGCAGCCGGCGCGCUGCCUUGCUGAUAAGGCAGGGAGAGCCUGGCGCUGAUACGCCUAUCACUCUGCUCAGCCGGGCUCCCUUGCUUAUAGCUAUAAUACUGCUUGGUUAGUAGUGGCUCUGGCUGUGGCGCUGUGCUUAUAGUAGUACUGGUUUCUAUUAUCGUGGUGUGACUGUGUGAGUAAUCGGGCAUGACGGGCCUCAGGACCGGUAGCGGCUGUACAAAAAUGAUGCUCGUGCCUGUAAUAAGAGCAAGCAGGAGGUGUGUGCCCGUGCUGCUUGUGGAUGUGAUGUACCUGUAUUCUUAUCAGUGUUAUAAGUAUCUGGAUCCUUGGUUGUGCA